AUGGAGGGAACGCGCGUGACGCACCAGGGCUUGCGAGCGCAUUCGGCGGAGGGUUCCGCGGGCCGCAUCACCCAAGCGGGCCUCGCCGCGCGGAGCCCUGAAGGCACCGCUGCCAAGGGAAUGGCCAUUAAGGGCCACGAAGACCUGUGGGUGGAAAUCCAGGCCAACACCUUUCGUAACUGGGUCAAUGAGACACUUAAGCCCAUGAAUAUAAAGGUUUUGGACUUAGUGGAAGAUCUGCGCGACGGCACAGUGCUGUGCGCCCUGGUCGAAGCUUUGCAGGGUCGGCGUCUCAAAGGGUGGAGCAGCAAUCCAAGCAACCAGCACCACCGGCUGGAGAAUGUGACCACUGCGUUACAAGCAAUAGAGGAUGAUGGCGUCAAGCUAGUCAAUAUAGGUAAUGUCGACAUUGUAAACGGAAAUCUGAAGUUAAUUCUAGGAUUAAUAUGGUCGCUCAUAGUAAGAUAUCAAAUCGGCCGAAGCAAAUUUCCACCAAGGAAACUGAUGCUAUCGUGGCUGCAGGCAGCUUUACCAGAGUGUCGAGUCAGCAACCUGACGACGGAUUGGAAUAGCGGGGUACUGCUGUCGGCCCUCCUCGACUAUUGCAAACCUGGCAUAUUCCCGCAUUGGCGCGAGCUCAAUCGCCACGAAGCAAUAGAGAACUGCCGCCGCGCUAUGAAACUGGCCUAUCGCGAGUUCGAAGUACCGAUGGUGUUGGAACCGGAAUACCUGGCGUCACCUUGGCUCGACGAGCUCUCCGGCAUGACGUACCUGUCCUAUUUUAUGAAGCCAAACUCGCCCGGCUUCCGCGCAACCCUGGAAUGGGUGAACUCGAAACUGGAGAGAGGUGUCACUAAUUUUACAACAGACUGGAACGAUGGGAGGGUAGCAAAUGAAUUGGUUAGAACCAUGGGGGGACCAGCACCACCACCCAGCAGGCUGCGUCGUGAUCCGGCACGUUGGGAAGAAAACAAUCAGCAAGCCAUAGACGCCGCCAAGAAAAUUGGAGUUCAGCCAGUACUUUCCGCGCGCGAUAUGAGCCAAAACGACGUGGAGCAUUUAGGUGUAAUGGCGUGGGCUUCCCAAUUCCGCAAUGUGCCACCACGGCCGCCAGUCCACGAUAUGCUACGAGUCGCUCUCGACUCAACUUCUGGUAGAGUCGGUGAACCAACUUACAUAAGAGUAGAAAGCAUUUCCAGCGAACUUUCUAUAUCUGAGGUGAAAGUUUCCAUUAUAAAUCCAUUAGAACAAGAAUCAAGACUGAAAUUGGACUCGAGAGGGGCCGGAGAAUUUGUACCAGAACACGCUGGUAUGCACGAGAUCGUGCUAACAGUUGACGAUAUAAGGGUCGAUGGCAAAUAUUUCUUUCGAGUCCUACCAAGAUUAGUGACUGUUCCGCCACCCGGAAUGGCACCUUGUGCUGCGGGAAGUAUCGUCGAGGUGCUUGUCAGUGCUACAGGCGCUCCGAGGAGGGAGGAUAUUGACGUCACAGCGCAUUCACCAAGCGGUCGGGCAGUUCCUCUGGAGCCGCGCCAUCCGCCACCCUCAGCACCCGGCACCACUGCUUCCAGCGCCACAUUUAAGCCGGACGAAGCUGGAACCUGGACCAUUGCUAUCACCUAUAAAGGCAAACACAUUCAGGGUGGCCCUUUUACUUGCGAAGUGUUCGACCCGGCAGGAGUGAGGCUCAGCCCCGGGGCAUUGGAAGGGGCCGAGCCGCUGAAGCCACACUCUUUCGAAUUGGACACGAGUGGGUGCGGUGUGAAAGGCGACCUGCAAUUAGACAUUGUUCACGACAAACGGAGCGUGAUGUGCGCGUUGGAGAAACUCUCCAAAACAAAAUACCGCGCCACGUUCAUGCCUAAAGCUCCAGGAAAACACAGACUUUACAUUUAUUUUAAUGGUUACGAUGUUCACGGCUCACCGCACGUAUUUAGAGUGGGAUCGAGGUCGAAAAAGCCACGUGACAGCGCAAGUCCAUCGUACAUGAGAAUUUCAAGUCCAGUGACACGGCUGCGCUCGGAGAGUCCACUCAAUCAAUUCAACGCGUACGAUACAAAGCGUAACGCGGGCUCAAUGGACCGCCGGGACGAGGGACGUGACUCCACCGACUACUAUAAAUCCACCGACGUGAAGGAGAAGAGCUAUGACGUCAUCGAUUCCUUCGAGUCGACCAACAAGAAGGAAGGCUACAGAUACGAGGCGGAGAGUCCCAGAAAUCGGACCGCCAGCCCUAUCACGUCUAAGCAUUUGGGUAACGGCUCCCGCCUAGACGUGAACAGGUCCGGCAGCCCCUUUAGAGCGGGAAGCCCUUACAGGGCGAGUAGCCCAUACAGAGCGACGAGUCCGAUAGGAAGAACAGCAAGUCCUUUAGCGAGGAAAGACAGCCCGUUGAACAGAACCGCCAGCCCAAUUAACAGAGUAAGCAGUCCUACGGAGAGAUAUAGUCCUGUCACUACGUCGAAGCGUGUUGUGGAGAAACGCUCGAAUUAUAAAAUGUACACCUCGUUCAGCGGAUCUCAGGACAACCUUGACCAAAGCCCUCUCACCUCCUUGGAAACAGAGCGUGUUCGGGGCUUCAACACUCCCGGUGCAAUUGACAACAACGAGCCGGGAGGAAAAUCAUAUUUAGGGAGGAAAGACUCAUGGGAUUCAGUAGAGAAAACGAGACAAAUGCUUAGUUCUAACAGCCUGUACCCGGCGGGCUCCGCGGAGCGUGUCUACGGCCAGAACACGCUGGAGAGGGAGACGCAGCGGAACACGCAGCUGAACCGAUUCAGCGACUUCACGCGCGACACGUUCAACAGGCAGCUCGACCGGUUGGCGGACGACCGCGAUUCCGAGACCUACACCAGCCGGCAGGAGUAUAAGCGAGAGGUCCGCGAGAGCUCCUACGUGGUCCGUGACUCCUCGUACAGCAGUGUGGAGGAGAAGGAGCAACAGCAGCAGUCUUUUUUAUCCAAUAGGCCCCCCCGCGUCCCUACCGGGGGGGCCCUUUCUGAAACGGAUGCAGCGCAUGCACGUUUCAGACCAGUUCAAAGGGAAAACAUUAGAGGUGCCAAAGGAAUAAUAAUUAAACCAACUUACAAAGGAGUUGUUGGUCAACCUGUUGAAUUUGUAGUGGACGGCAGCUCAGCAGGUCCUGGCCAGUUGGAGCUGGAAGUGUCGAGCGGCAACGGAACACUAGUGGCCAGUUCUGUGAGGCCGCUCGGUGGCCACCGCUACGUGGCCUCCUUCACGCCGCGCGUUCUGCACCCGCACUCAGUCCGCGUCACCUUCAACGACGAACAUGUUCCAGGGUCCCCGUGGAAGGUAGAGGUGAUGGCGGGGCCGGCUGGGGGUGGCGGGGGCGAGCCCACCAGGCUCAUUCCUGCGCGGGUGCCGGCCAUUUUCGAGAUUACAACCUCUCCGGGAGCACCCACAUUCGGCAAGAACGAGGUGAGCGUCACGGUGACAUCUCCGUCCAGGCGCCCGGUGACAGCGAGAGUUCUGGACGUCGCCGAAAGGCCUGGGGUGUACCGUAUUGAAUUCACACCGGAAGAGGUCGGCACACAUCUCAUCGAUGUUUCGAUCGCAGAAGAUAAGUUAGCUGUGGGGCCGCUGGUAGCCAAAGUGUACGACUCAAGCCUUAUCAAAGUAACGGACGUUGCUAACGCUGUAGUUGGACAGCAGUGCCAGUUUAGAGUGGAUGCCAGCGCUGCCGGUGAAGGGCAAUUAGAAAUUUCAAUAAAUGAGGGUGAAGUCCCCAAUCACGUACAAGUAGUUGGUGGUGGGCGAUGUCUCGUCUUCUGGAGGCCUGAAGCUGCGACACCCCAUCGAGUAGACAUAAAGUUCAACGGAGAGCCGGUACCCUCAUCGCCGUUUGUUUUUGACGUCGCUCCUGCCCAAAGAGUUACUAUAGACACAUCACAAAUCGAAUUAAUACCAGUGGGUGAGGCCGCGUCAUGUUCAGUACGAGUAGAAGGUUCCGGUGGAGGAGAACUUACAGUUACCGUGAGGGGACCUCGGGGCGAUGUACCAGUACGCCUCACCGGUGACGCUGCAUCAGGGCUAGUAGCUAGCUUUACACCGAAAAAUGUUGGCCCACACACUCUUACAGCACACUACAAUAAUCAACCAGUACCUGGAACACCCUUUGUAUGUAAAGCAUAUGAUGGAAAGUUGGUGAGUGUAAGUGGUGGUGCAUCUGCACGCGUUGGGGUUCCAGUGCAACUGGCGGUAGAUGCAGCACAGGCUGGUGAAGGCAAUCUUGAGAUCACGGUGGCUGCAAGAGGUUUAAAUAUUCCAACACAAGUUCAUCCUCAGGGAAAUGCUCGGUUUACAGUGUCUUUUACACCUACUGAAGCAUGUGAACACAUUGUUAAUGUUUCAUUUAAUAAGAUGCGGGUACCAGGCUGCCCCCUCAUUGUAGCUGUAGCAGAAGGAGGUGGUGGCGGCGCUAGAGUUACAUUACCAGGUCCUGUACCCCUACACAGGCCUGCAGCAUUGACAUUACACCAUCCUUCUGCAACUCUUGACCAAAUAGAAGUUAAUGUAGAGGGUCCGAAUGGGGCGUCCGUUCCCGCCGCCGUCGCCGCCGCCGGGCAGUCCGCUUUCCGCGCGGAGUUCGUGCCCCGAGCCGUGGGCGAGCAUCGCCUUAACGUGCUCGUCGACUCCGUGCCCAUACCGGCCAGCCCCUUCCACCUGAAGGUCUAUGACGUCACCGCAAUACGAGUCAAGGAUGUAGCGCAUGGCACCGUUGGAAAGCCGGUGACGUUUCUGGUGGAGACGAUGGCGGCGGGCCCCGGCAACCUGGAGGUGACGGUGAACGGGGGCCGCGUGCCCACCGCGGCGGCGGCGCAGGGCGCGCACACGUACGCGAUCAGCUUCACGCCGCGCGACCCCCGCCCGCACACGGUCGAGCUGCGCUUCAACGGCGACCACGUGCCCGGCAGCCCGUUCGUGUGCCACAUAUCGGCGCCGGCGCGCGUCAUUGGCGCAGGCUCGGGCGAGUCGCCGGACAAAGUGUCCGUCGGCGACGCGUACACCUUCAGCGUGGACUCGCCCGCAUCGCCGCUCGUCGAGGUCCUGGGGCCGGCCAGGAGGCCCGUGCCGGUGCAGGUAUCAGCUGAGGAGACUGUUGGGGAGAACGAAGCUAGCAAAAGAUACACCAUCUCUUUCGUGCCUGUCGAUGUAGGCGACCACAGUAUUGAGGUGAGGGCCGGUGCGAUGGGCGGCCACGUGGAGGGGAGCCCGUUCCUCGUCAAGGCGUACAGCGCGGCGCGUGUUUCCGUCACGGACAUAUCGCCCGGCGUAGUCGGGAGGCCCGUCUCGUUCACCAUUAACGCUUCGCACGCCGGCGCUGGGAACCUGGAGAUAAUCGUGGCCGUCAACGGCAGGAACGUCCCGAAUUACGUGCAAAGCGAGGGCAACGCUAGAUUCAAGGUGAACUUCAAGCCGGUGGAGGCGGCGGUGCACACGCUCUCGGUGCGCUUCAACGGGCACGCGGUGCCCGGCUCGCCGUUCUCGUGCACGGUGAGCGCGCCGCCCGCAGCGCCCGACGCGCGCGCCACCGGACCCGGCCUAAGUUCCGCUGCGCGCGGUCAGCCCGCCGACGUCCACCUCACGGGCUUCCACACGGGCGAGCCGACGGUGUACGUGACCGGACCGGGCGGCAGCACGGUGCGCACGCGCGUGACCGCACUGGGCGACGGGCGGUACACGGCGACGUACACGCCCGAGGCGGUGGGCCGCCACAGCGUGCAGGUCACGUGCGCGGGCAGACACGUGCCCGGCUCGCCGUUCACGUGCAACGUGUACGACGUGCGCCGCGUGCGCGUCACCGGCCUCGGCCCCGGCGAACUUGAAGGCACCUUAGAGGGUUUGAAUUUGGAGGAGGGGGCGGAAGAGGAGCGCGGGGUGGAAGUUGGCAAGCCGGUAACGUUCAGCGUGGACGCAGCCGGGGCGGGAGAGGGCACGCUAGAACUUGUUGUCUCUACUCCUUCCACUACUGUUAAGGCAGAGGUUGUAGCGGUAGCACGUGGCCUCUAUGACGUGACCUUCGUACCAGUGUCACGCGAGCCGCAUCGUGUCUCAGUCACCUUUAAUGAGCAACCAGUACCCGGUAGCCCCUUCAUCUGCCGAGUUAAUGAGCCGCUUACUUACGUACAAAUCGGAGGUGUGGCCUCUUUAGAGAUCGAUGAAAACGUUACGGACGUCGAAGUGUUGUCCCCGACUGGUACUAGAGUUGCAGAUAUUACUAUGGAAGACUCCGGUCUAUUAACAUUCCCCGUUAGCCGCGUCGGGAGAUACGUUGUAAGGAGUAACAGAGGACCUAUAGCAGAAGUAGAAGCUCUCGAUGCAUCCGCAGUUAAGGUGUUGUCUAUUGGUGAUGCAGUCGCCCACAGACCAGCUUUAGUUACUGUGAGCACCAGCGGCGCGGGCAACGGGCGCCUCUCGGGGCGCGUGACGUGCGGCGGGCAGACGGUGCCGCACUCGGUGAGGCGGCGCGGCGGCGGCCGCCAGGAGCUGCUGUGGCACCCGGCGCGCGCGGCGCCGCACCGCGUCGCGCUGCUCUGGAGCGGCGCGCCCGUCGCCCGCGAGCCGCUGCUGCUCGACGUGAUGCCGGCCCACCACGGCCAGGAGGUGGCGGCAUCAGGCCUAGGGUUGUACCAAGCGCAAACGGGGAAGGUGGCGUCGUUCAGCAUCGACACCCUGGGUCGGCCCGCGCGGGAAUUCGACGUGGUGGUCUCAGGGCCCGGCUCUAGGGCCUUGCCGGUGCGCUGCUACCAGACCAAGUCGGGCCUGCUCCAGGCCGAAUUCACUAUCGCCGACGUAGGGCAGAGCACCAUCGAGGUUCUACAUCUUUCAAAGCCCGUCACUGGCAGCCCGUUCACUUGUGAAUCGUUCGAUCCGAAUAAAGUCGUCGUGUCUGGUCUUCCCACUGGGAAUAUCAUUGCGCAAACUCCAAUCAACUUCACAGUCGACACCAAGGAGGCGGGCGUGGGCGAGCUCGAAGUGGUCUGCGAGGCGAUGGGCGAGCGGCGAGUCCGGAUGCCGGUCGACGUGCGCGAAGACGGGCACACGUACCGCGUGCGGAUGCGCCCGUCCGCGCCCGCGCACUACCGCAUCUACAUCGCAUACGGCGGGGCCCAGGUGCUCGGCAGUCCGGUGUCGCUCGGCGUGCUGAGCGCGCGGAGCAGCGCGGCCGCACGAUGCGCCGGAACGGGGCUGGCGCACGCGCACGUGGGCAAGGAGGCCGCCUUCACCAUACACUGCGCGGACGACGCCACGCCCACCGUGCAGGUGGAGAGACUAACUGAAAGCAAAGAAGACGAAUCGGAUACCGGUCUAUUAGAGUGUCGAGUAGCGGCUGGGGCUUCCCGCGAAUGGCUUUGUGCCUACAUACCGCUUGUUGUCGGUCUCUACGAGGUCCGAAUAUUCACCAGCACCGGUCCCUUACCGGGCAGCCCAUUCUCUGUCAAGGUCAUAGAUACAUCGGCGAUUGUUCCGGUCGGAGGCUGGGGCACGGAUAACUCGGGCAGAGUGCGUGCCCCGUCCAAACUCGUUUUGGAUAUCAGUAACGCUGGGCCCGGAACUCUAGAGUGCCUACUCGCUGGUAGACAUCAACGCGUGGAGACGGUGUCGGGCAGGGCGGUGGUGACGCUCGCCGCGGCGGAGGGCGUCAGCGGCGAGCAGGAGCUGGAGCUGACGUACAACGGCGCGCUGGUGGGCGGGGCGCCGCGGCGGGCGCUCGCCGCCUCGGGCAGCACCGCCGACCGCGUCACGCUCGCCGGCCGCGGGCUCGCGCACGCCGCGCCGCACACGCCCGCCGUCUUCACCAUCGACGGCAGCGCGGCGGGCCCCGGGGCGCCCGAGGCGUCGCUGGUGGCGGCGGACGGCGGCUCGGUGCCGGUGGCCCUGGCGGCGGCGGGGCCCGGCCUGUGGCGCGCUUCGUACACGCCGCGCCGCGCCGGCGAACACCAGCUGCGCGUGCUGUGGGCAGGCCGCCUGGUCAAAGGCUGCCCGCUUACUGUGAACGUGGCAGCGGGCUCCGAGCAGCGGCGACGCUUCGCGUGUGACACGCGGCGAGCUGGACCCGGCGAGCUGACCGCGCACUGCACCGGCCCCAACAAGGUGGCGUACUGCGAGCUGUACGAGCACGGCGACGGCACGUUCACGCUGAACGUGAAGCCGGCGGAGGCGGGCAGGCACGUGCUGAGCAUACAGUUCGCCGGCGAGCACGUGCCCGGGUCGCCGUACGUGCUCAAGGUCGCCGGCGCCCCCGACCCCUCCAAGGUGCGCGUGUACGGCCCCGGCGUGGAGCCGGGCGUGCUGGCCACGUUCCAGUCGCGCUUCCUGUGCGACACGCGCGGCGCCGGCGCCGGCCAGCUGACGGUGCGCGUGCGCGGCCCCAAGGGCGCCUUCCGCGUCGAGAUGCAGCGCGAGAGCCAGAAGGACCGCACCAUACUGUGCAAGUUCUCACCCACCGAACCCGGCGAUUACCGAGUGGAGGUGCGCUGGGCCGGCCGCCACGUGCCCGGCUCGCCGUUCCCCGUCAUGAUAUUCGACACGCAGGAGGAGCUGCGCAGAUACCUGCAGUCCAUCGCGCCC